UGAACCAACAGCAAAGAGAAAGAUGAAGACCUUGGCCAUCCUUGUCCUCUGUGCUCUGGCAUGUGUGUGCCACUCUAUUGGAGACUCCUCUACCUCCACUGCAUCAAAGCUUGCUAGUGAGAAAAGAGUGGGUGUGUUUGUUAAGAAGGACCUGGCCUCCACUUUGGUGCGACAGAAGAGAGCCAGCACUGCCCUUGCAGACUUAUCCCUGACUCAGCUGGAGAGUCUGAGGGAGGUGUGUGAGCUUAACUACUGGUGUGAGAACAUGAUGGACACAGCUGGGAUCAUUGCUGCCUACACCGAAUUCUAUGGACCAAUCCCAUACUAGAUGUCAACCCACUCCACAAACCAACUUCUAUUCUGCAAGGCUUUUUGGAGAGAAAUAGGUGUAAUGUUCUGAGGAUGAAACAUCUGAAUAAAUCUAAAUAAAUUAAGUAUAAAUUGAUACGGCGUUAGAGGAAGAGUGAGAGCGAAAGAGAGAAAGGGGACAUUGAGAAGUUAUUAAAAUAACUAUUUGGUAAUAUUCUGUAGUGUAGUAUGGUCAAUAAAAUUAUCU